CACACCUGGAGCAGCGUCUGGACAACCGGAGGCGUCACCAGUCUGUCAAACACAGCAGGAUGGUCACGCCUCCAUUACACCGGCUGAUAAAAGCACACUAACAGGAACAACAGCACCAGAUAUCUGAAGAGGACGGAGGAAACAGGUCAAGCGAGUGGAGGAACUCAGACAAUAACAGGAACAUCUGGACGUGGAACAUGGCUUCUUCUAACGUGGCUUCUUCCUCAAUACCGUACGCCCCGGGAAAUGUGGUGGUGGUCACCCACGUGUUCCCGGCGGCUCCCAACGGGGAGCAGCAGCCAUUGUUGGAUCGAAGACAAAAGUUCAGGAAGGGACAUCCCAAGGCGCUCGGGACCGUUCAGAUCAUGACUGGCGCAGUAACACUGCUGUUUGGGAUCGCAGCGGCUGUCUACCAACCUUCACUGGGAGUUUACAGCGGGAUCUUUGUUUGGGGAGCUUUGAUCUACAUCACCUCUGGAUCUGUGACGGUGGCUGCUGAGAAGUCUUUGAGCCGUUGUCUGCUCUACACUUCUCUGGUGUUCAACAUUAUUGCAGCAGUUGUUGCUGUGACUGGUGUUGUCCUGUAUGCACUGGAUCCUGUAGUCUGGUACUACCCCUACGGCCGCUACAGCUCGCGUAAUUAUGGUGGCUAUUCGGCUGUGGUGGCUGUGUUCCAGUUAUUGGAGCUCAUUAUUUCAAUCACCGUGGCAGUAUUCGCCUCUCAGGCAACCUGCUGCUGCUGCUGCACGGAGCAGCCACGAGUCUUUGUUCAAACUGUCGACGGAUCAGUCAUCCCUCAGGCUCCGCCCCAUUUCCAAGCAGCAUCUGUUGCCCCCGCUCAGCCACACCCUCAGGUGGCGCCCGACUUUAUAAACCCAGGGAAUCUGGGUUCGACUGAGCCUCCAGCUUAUCAACCGAACUGACCCACACACAUCAACUCUGAUCAUUGCAAAACUGCUGCUUGAGCUUGUUUUUCUUUUUCUGUAAAAAUAUGUCAGUGAAAGAUGUGGAAACAGUUGAUCUACAAAGGACGAAAAUAAAAAUGUAACCAGACUUUCA